AUGGCUAACCAUCAAGCUCACGAACGCAAUUCGCAGCCUUCGCCAAAACCAUCACACUUACCUGUCGACCCUGCAUCCGCUUCCACCUUGCCUUCGGAGCUUCUUACCUCUGCACCUGAGUGCACCUCGUCAGUUGCGACUCCUUUGCAGUUCCCUGAUCUCGCUUCCUCACCACCACCACCCUCAAAUCUUUCGCGACAACAGCAGCUUCAUCACCAACAGCAACAACUUCUGGGCAGUUGCACACGUGAUUCUUCCUCCUCGCUCUCAUCCGUACCUUCAUCGUCUGCCUCGGAACCAUCACCGAAGCAGGGUGAAACUACAAGGCUUAGUUGCAAGAGGAGCGCGCCAUCGCAAUCAUACACAGCUUCUCGUCGCACAAGAUCAUCGGUCGAUUUGGCUGCCGCAGCCUCUGCAUCCAUCGCACGUCAACCAGUCCUCUUAUCUUCUCGAUUCGGUGCUCCCACAUCCCUUGAUUCAAGCGACACCUUUCCUCUCCGUCCGCUUCCUUCGCACCUGGUCUCGGGCCACUACAAUCACGCAGCAUCGCUUCCUAGCUCGCCUCUUGCAAGGCAUCAGUCGCGCGUUCAUCACCAGCGAACGCUUGAUUCAUUACGCUUUCAAGGCACUUUUGCAUCGGUUCAAGCCGAAUCUCAUCGUGAACAGUGCCUCUCUCGAGGUUCAACGCUGGCGCUGAUCAAACCGGGUUCUCAUCUCUCACCCGAGGUGUCAGAGCAAACCUUUCCAUUGCAAACUCUUCCAACACCCUCGAUUGCAUCCCACCGAGGCGUUUUUAGAGAGCACUCGCAGCUGAGACACGCCUUCAGCUUGCAUCCGUACCCACUGUUCAAUCAAUUGCACCCCGCUGCUCACUACAGGAUGGACACUCAAGCUCCAAUGACACAGUCGCAGGCUCAUACACAGGCACAGGCGCAAGCCCAACACCAAAUGCAGAUGCAGAUGCAAAUGCAAAUGGCACAAGCACAACAGGCGCAGGCGCAAGCACAGCAACAGGCUCAUAUCCUACGCAGAAAGAAUGCGCAGGACGUGCUGGUGGGUCAAGGCUUUCGUGGGUUGAAACGUGGUCGUCCUACCGACCGCAGCCUGCCUCCUUCUUUGAAGCGUCAGGUCCCGGAAUCAGCCUUCUACUCAGACCUGCAGCGCAUCGAAAAGAAUCUCGACUGGACCGUCGCGAGGAAACGUGCUGAGCUCACCGAUGGACUCUCGCGACCUCCCAAGAUCAAGCGCACGCUGCGCAUCUUCUUGAGCAACACGUGCGCCAAUCAGCCAUUUCAGCUGGCCGAAAAGCAGAAGGUCAAGGACUCUGCGCCAUCUGUAGAGACCGCGGAUGGGGCCGAAGUCAAGGUGGAAGGCGAUAAGGAUGCGGCUGACAGCAAGGAGGAGGACGCCGUGCCCUCCUGGACGCUCCGCAUCGAAGGUCGUCUAUUGGAGCCCUCGUUCAAAUCGCGCGCCAACACAGCUUUAUCGGCACAGGCGAGCAUCAACCGCACGGGUGCGCACAAGUUCAGCAACCUCAUCAAGACAUGCGUUGUCGAGCUGAUGCGCGACCCUUCCCUGUACCCCGAUGGUAGCAACAUAGUCGAAUGGCACCGUCCCGUGCCCUCGGUCGCACCUGCGAGUGGCAUGCAGGCCGGUGGAGGAGCUGGAGGUCUUGGAGGUACCCAGGGUAUGGAGGCGCCUUUAGUUGCCAGUGCCGAGCCGGCGUUGGACGGGUUCGAGAUCAAACGCAAGGGUAAUGUGCCCACCAAGGUCAAGAUCGUGCUCUAUCCUGCAUAUACCCCGGAGCGCUACUCGCUCUCUCCUGAGCUAGGUUCGUUGCUUGACAUUCGUGAGGAGUCGCGUGCCGGCGUCAUCUCGGCUUUGUGGUCGUACGUCAAAGAAAAGAAGCUGCUGGACGAGACAGAUCGCAAAAAGGUCAAGUGUGACUCUGCGCUCCGCUCGCUCUUCAACACAGACACGAUCAACUUCCACCACAUGCCUGAAGUGGUCAACCGACAUCUUCACCCCGCUCAACCCAUCGUCAUCGAGUACUGGGUGCGCACCGACAAGGCCGAAUACAAGCACUCGACGGCGUACGAUAUUGAGCUCGAUCUGGAAGAUCUUGCCAUUCGACAGAAGCAGCAUAACGUCCUAGCACAGUUCGACACGACCAACGAUGCUACUUCCAGAGAGAUUGCUGAACUGGAUGACAAAAUCGCGCAAGCGGCUGCCACGAUUCGUAACCGUGCUAGUGCGAGGGACUUUUUGGCUGCGUUUGCAAAGGAUCCGCAGGGUCAUCUGAGGACCUGGAUCGCUAGCCAGGCGCGUGACUUGGAUGCGAUUUUGGGCAAUAACCCGGUACCCGGCGCAGGAGGCUCUGUGUCGAGUUUCACUGCGGAGGAGAUGCGACGUGCUGAGACGUUCAAGGGCGCCUGGGUGGACGAAGCGGUGAUUGUGAAUGAAGCCCAGAGACUGGCGGAAAAGCUGCAAGAGCUUCAGUCGCAAGCUGCUCAGCCAAACCCGGGUCAAGCUGGUAUGUGA